AUGAACCUGAAAACAUUUGCUAUGCGCAUUUUUCAACAUUGUCCGCUUAUGUCGUCAUGGUCUCAUUACCACCAUUUGGCUGCCUUCCAAGAAUUCCUUGAUUACAAGACACGCGUGCCGGUCCGUGGUGCGAUCAUGUUGAACCAAGAUAUGGACGAGGUUGUUCUAGUCAAAGGCUGGAAGAAGGGUGCUAACUGGAGUUUCCCCCGUGGUAAAAUCAACAAGGGUGAGAGGGAUCUUGAUUGUGCUAUUCGUGAGGUCUACGAAGAGACUGGGUUCGAUGUUCGGGAGGCCAACUUGGUUAAAAACGACGACGAUGUCAAAUACAUUGAGAUUACGAUGAGAGAACAGCAUAUGCGACUCUAUGUCUUUCGAGGUGUGCUCCGUGAUACUUACUUUGAGCCGCGCACGCGAAAGGAGAUCAGCAAGAUUGAGUGGUACAAGCUUUCGGAGCUGCCAACGCUAAAGAAAAAUAAGCAGCACGAUGAAGGACUCGCAGUCGCAAACGCGAACAAGUUCUACAUGGUCGCCCCAUUUCUCAGCCCACUAAAAAAGUGGAUAGCGCAGCAGAAGAAGCUUGAUGCGAGAGCCCCGCCUAGUACAGAUCAAGUCUCACAGGCCGAGAGAUAUGUUUCUAUGGAUGAAAAUGGCCAUACCAAUGGCACUCCAGGGAUUCCCCUCGCGGAUAUAGCUAUUCCAAGUGAUCUCCCUGAGGUAACCUCAGCGCAAGAUGCUUCAGAUCACCUCAAACGCCUUUUGAAGAUCGGCGGCGCACCGGUGCAAGUUCAUACACCAGACCAGGAGCCAGUUCGGGCUUCUGCCGUUGACCCGUCUAAGGCGAGUGAGCUUCUUGCCUUGUUGCAGCGUGGGCGUCAAGAGACAUUGCCUCAGGAUUCUCUCAGUAAUUCUACGGCGCCACCUAAUGCACCUCAGUCCAACGUGCAAUCUUCAGAACAACGGCCUCAUCUGGGCCCGAAUUUCUUCCCCGGCUUCCCUCAGCAGCAGCAGAACAUGGGUCCGUCUCCUUUCAUGCGGCAAAACUCGACGCCGUUUCACACCAUCCCGUCUCAACCUCAUAUUCAGCACUCCUCGGAUGGCCCACAGGUUGUUUCCGGCAAUGCAUUCCCGGCCAGUGCGCCUAAUUGGUAUCCUAAACCUCACGCGAUACCACAAUUCCCGCAAACCACCAGUAUGUCUCAAUAUCAGCACCAUAACCAGCCUCCUAUGGCCCCUGGCGUUCCGAACCCGACCCAUAUGCCCGCACCCUUUCAACGGACAGGAGACCCUGAGUUCUCUGAAUCCGCUCAGCUAUCUCAAAUCCGGGGGCCAGUUGUCCCGCCGGCGAGCAAAUUGCCUCCGCCGAAGCUCACAAGCCAUUCCCUGGCACUCUUGGAAGUCUUCAAGGUCAAGACCCCGAAGGGUCCGGGUCCAGCGACGUUGGCGGCCCCCGGGCAGGGCUCUUCACACGUGCGUAAGACGUCUCAGCAUCAGGAUAGUCUUUUGGGUUUGCUCAAAGGUCCCCAAACUCCCCGUGUUUCUGAACCAGCCGAACUGUUAGGCAAUCCUGUUGUGCCCUCUGCGGCGCCUCCUGAGAAGCAGAUUCUCCAGCGUCCUCGCGACCGCCACAAUCAACUCGCGCCCCAUGCUAGUGUAGCGAAUAGUCUUCCGGGAGCAAGUCAGACAUCGGCUACCGUUUCUGGACCGUUGAACAUGCCACAAUUUGAGACAUUUGCCAAACCGCAUAAGUCAAACAGUGCAGCGUACCGAAAGAACCAUGUGAUCAAGCGAGAACAACCCCAGGCCCAGCAGCUAUCCUCGCCAAUUACCAUUCUAUCACGACCUCAUUCCGCCAAACGGGAGGUAUCCUCAUCAAGACCCGUUGCACAAGCAACCCAGGUUCUACCUCCCAAGUCGCCCGAGGCGCCUGAGCCUAUCAAGAAUUUCCAACCGCAGAUCCUGCGUCGGUCUGAAAAGCCGGGAUAUGAAGCAUUGAUGGCGACAGCUCCUCAAGCAGAAGCUAUUGAACGUAAAUUGAAUUUGCCAGGUGGUGAAAUCGAUACCCAGGGCCUAGCCCCACAGGGCAACUUUGACCGUCGACCGAGCCAAACUGCUGAGCAGAAAGCUUCACUUUUAUCUCUCUUUAGCAAGGCACCUGUCUCUCCGUCGCCCGUUUUUGCGACCCCGUUCGACUCGCGAGCCACCGUUAAUCAGCAACCGGCGGCAUUCUCGGGUUUUGUCAGCCCUAUGUCGUCCCGCAAUCGUCCGAGCAGCGGAGAUUCUAUUUCUCGUCACGGCACGCCAUCCGGUGAUGGUGCACACGCCAGUAGCCAACAGGUCUCCUCUCCGAGCAACAAGGCGUUCUUGCUCGGGUUCUUGGAGGGAGUGGCCAAGGGCAAUAAGUAG